CGUGUUACACGUGUCCCCACCCCCCCACCCCCCACACUAACCCCGACAUUAAUCGAACUACCCAACGCGAUGGAAAUAAAAGCGAAAUUACUCAAUUCAUUCCGUGAAUUUCAACGAUUAUCCAAAGAGAAACAGGAAUCUAAUUCCCCUCCAACUUUAGAGAUGGAGAUCCCCUCGACGGAUAACAUCUUAUCGAAAUUGAGACUCGUGGGGAGCGAGGAUGGGUCGCUGAUCAGGUUCGGGUUGGACAUCAAUUCUAAAAUGGCCAGGUUUUGGGCCUCCACGGACGACUCUUCGGACCCUGAAUCGGACGCAGACUCCGAAAAUGGGCCCGCCCCCUCUGGAAACCCACCAGCGGAGCUCAAAAAGCUAAACCCUGCGAAUAACGGACAGUUUUUUCUCCUAGCAACAGAAGAGGGCCCCCUCCGCCUUGUCCGUUACGACACCUCCCCCUCGACCACGCCCACAUUCAAACCCCUCCCCUUGAAAAAACUAACCCCUGAAGAAUUACAAAAUUUUGAAAAGUUGUUUAACUAAGUUUUUUUAUAAUUCGAUUUUU